AUGAAGUUGCUCCCAUUCCUCCUUUUCAGCGGUGCUUUCGCUUCAUCGCGUGCUCGUCGAUCACUCACCACGGUGUCCAACUUGGUCUCGUUUGGCGACAGUUACACAGACGAGGGCCGCUUGUCUGCAUACGCUGCCAACAAUGGUAGCACACCGCCACCGGGGACUUCAACAGCAGGGAGUAAUUUCACCUCUACUGGUGGCUAUGCUUGGGGUCACUUUGUAUCACAGGCUUUGGGUGCAAAGUAUUAUGACUAUGCUGUGAGCGGUGCAUUUUGCUCCAACGAGAUCUUCUCACGGUAUCUGGCCGGAAUUAACCGAACGUUUCCAUCUGUCCUGGAAGACGAGAUUCCCUCUUUCCUGGAGGACAUAGCCUACAUCAACGAAACCACUGGUACAAACACAUUCUAUACCGACCGGGAGUCUAACAAUACCGUGUAUGCGCUUUGGAUCGGCACAAACGAUCUUGGCACCAAUGCCUUCCUCACGGACUCGCAAAAGUCUGGUCUUACCAUCACCGACUUUGUCGAGUGUAUCUGGCAGGUUUUCGACACGAUAUACAGUACCGGCGGUCGUCACUUUGUACUGCUCAACGAGGCGCCUUUGGAGUACUCCCCUCUCUACGCAGCACCACAGAACGGCGGGGUCGGGGAUGAUCACUACUGGACAGACAAGACGACAUACAACAUGACAGAAUAUGAACAGAAGAUGAAGGAGUACACGACCAAUGUCAACACCAUAUUCGACUAUGGCGUGCCUGUCGAGGUAAAGAUCAAGUCGCGAUGGCCUGAGGCUACCGUCACCAUCUUCAAUGUGCAUCAAUUGAUUCUCGACAUUCGCAAUGACCCCGAGAACUACCUUGAAGCACCGGCCAAUGUGACUGGAUACUAUCAUUCUUGCACAGUGGAUAGCUCAAGCUGUUCCAAUUCUGAGAAUCCAUUGGCUUCGUUCUUGUGGUACGACGAACUCCACCCAUCUGAGAGAACAGAUGAGAUCAUUGCCAAUGAGUUUGUGAAACUCGUCUCGGGAAAUUCCUUAUAUGCAACAUACUGGUAG